UUUUGGCAGCACCAUCCGGUGUCCUGCUGGCAACUUUGGGAAAGCCCCAGGCUGUGGACUGGCCAGUGGGCUGCGCCCCCCGAAACCGACUUGCCAGGAGAGGAGAAAGUGGCAUAAACUUCCCACAAAGAAGUUGACCUGAGUGGCACAGCCCCCUCAGGAGCCACUAGCGAUGAGGCCCCUCUUCCUCGCCUGCCUGCUGGCUGUCUUUCCAGUGGUCUCCACGAAGAGUCCCAUAUUCGGUCCCCAGGAAGUGAACAUUGUGGAAGGUGGCUCAGCAUCCAUCACAUGCUACUAUCCAGCCACCUCUGUCAACCGGCAUACCCGGAAGUACUGGUGCCGGCAGGGAGCCAAGGGCCGCUGCACAACCCUCAUCUCUUCGGACGGCUACGUCUCCAAGGACUACGAGGGCAGAGCCAACAUCACCAACUUCCCAGACAGCAGCACAUUUGUGAUGAACAUUGACCACCUCACCCAGAAUGACUCUGGGCGCUAUAAGUGUGGUCUGGGCAUUAACAGCCGAGGCUUGUCCUUUGAUGUGAGCCUGGAUGUCAGCAAGGGUCCUGGGCCCCUAGGUGACACUGAAGUCUACACAGCUGACUUGGGUGGCACAGUGACCAUCAACUGCCCUUUCAAGCCUGAGAAUUCUGAGAAGAAGAAGUCUGUGUGUAAGAAGACAGACAAGGGCUGUGUCACAGUCAUUGACUCCACUGGAGAAGUCAACUCUGACUAUGGUGGCAGAAUAGAGCUCGAAAUUAUGGGCACCGACCAAUUAACGUUCAGCUUCAUUAUCAAGCAAGUCCAGCUCAGUGAUGCUGGGAGGUACGUCUGCCAGAUUGGGGAAGAUACCAUUGGUGAGAAGAGCAACGUUGACCUCCAAGUGCUGAAGCCUGAGCCUAACCUGCUUUAUGGAGAUCUGAGGGGCUCCGUGAUCUUUGACUGUGCCCUGGGCUCCGACGUGGAAAAUAUGGCCAAAUUUCUGUGCCGGAUGAGCAAUGAGGAAGCCUGCGAUGUGGUCAUCAACACCCUGGGGAAGAAGGAUCGGUCUUUUGAGGGCAGGAUCCUGCUCAUUCCCAAGAACAAGCGCUCCUUCAGCGUGCAUAUCACCAACCUGAGGAAAGAGGAUGCAGGGAACUACCUGUGUGGUGCCCAUUCUGAUGGCGAGCCUCAAAAAGGCUCACCCAUCCAGGCCUGGCAACUCUUUGUCAAUGAAGAGACCGUAAUUCCUCCUAGCCCCUCUGUGGUGAAAGGUGUGGUCGGAGGCUCUGUGGCGGUGUUCUGUCCCUACAAGCCUAAGGAAACAAACAGCCUGAAGUACUGGUGUCGCUGGGAAGACACUCAAAAUGGUCUCUGCCGAUCUCUGGUGGAGAGUGAUGGGGGGGUUACGGAGCAGUACGAGGGCAGGCUCGCACUGCAUGAAGAGCCAGGCAAUGGCACCUACACGGUCAUCCUCAACCAGCUCACCGCCAACGAUGCUGGCUUCUACUGGUGUCUGACCAACGGCGAUACUCACUGGAGGUCCAUGGUGAAGCUCCAGGUCGUCGAAGGAGAACCGAGCCUCAAGGUGCCCAACAAUGUCACUGCUUUGGUAGGAGAGACUUUGAAGCUCCCCUGCCACUUCCCAUGCAAAUAUUACUCCUAUGAGAAAUACUGGUGCAAAUGGAGUAACAAAGAUUGCAAAAUCCUGCCCAGCCAAGGCGAAGGGCCCAGCGACGCCUUUGUGAACUGUGACCAGAAUAGCCAGAUCGUUUCUCUGUCUUUGGACCCAGUCUCCAAGGAGGAUGAAGGCUGGUACUGGUGUGGAGUGAAGAACGGCCUCCGAUACGGAGAGACCAUGGCUGUCUACGUGGCAGUCAAGGAGAAGGUAAAAGGGUCCCAAGAUGUCAGCCAGGUGAAUGCUGCUCCUGGUGAGGAGGCGGUAGAGUCAAAUGUCCGGAAGGUUGAGAGCAAAGUCGUUCAGAAUCCCAGGCUUUUGGUGGACAACGUAGCAGUGGAGACUGGAGACGCUGCUGGUGGGAACAGAGCAUCCGUAGACACCAGCAGCUCCGCAGGACAAAGCGGGACCUCCAAAGUGCUUCUCUCCACCCUGGUGCCCCUGGGCCUGGUGCUGGCAGUGGGGGCCGUGGUAGUGGCGGUGCUCAGAGCGCGGCAUAGGAAGAAUGUCGACCGGAUUUCGAUUAGAAGCUACAGGACCGACAUUAGCAUGUCAGACUUUGAGAACUCCAGGGAUUUUGGUGCCAAUGACAACAUGGGAGCCUCUCAAGUCAUUCAGGAGACAACUCUCGAAGGACAUGAUGAGUGCAGUGCUGCCACCACCACCACCGAGAAGACCAUGGAGUCUGAAGAACCCAAGAAGGCAAAACGAUCCUCCAAGGAGGAAGCCGACAUGGCCUACACCGCCUUCUUGCUCCAGACCAACAACAUGGCUGCCGACGUCCAGGAGGGCCACGGGGAAGCCUAGGCGCCCGCCAGCUGCUCUGUCCUCUCCCACCACUCAUGACAAUCGCCUUCAGAAUCAUAUUGAUCCUCAGGGGACCUCAGCUCCAGGGGGCUUCACUGCACUCACACUCCACUUUCCUACCUGCGCUCAGAGGAUUUGCUGGUCCCUACUCAGUUAGUACUCAAACCUGGCCUAACUGUUCCUGGUGGGGUUGAGGGGUCCAGAGGGGUUCCCUCUGCAGCUUCUUUUACCAAGAGAACCCAAGAUAUAGGAGAAUUAAGAUCUUAGAGGCACCUUUCAGAAAAAAGAGAUCACAUGGGUGGGGAGCUAAGUUCAGAAAGAAGGCUUUUAUGCACAUUUCUAAUGGGAUCCUCAACGGGAUUGUCCUCUCCACUCCACCCUUCCUUCUCUCCAUCUCCCCCUCCCUUCCAUCUUCUCUUCUUUCCUCCCUUCCAUCUUUUCCUUCUUUCUCUUCUUUUUCCUUCAAAUACAUAUUUGGAUACGCACUAGAAUCAAGGUGCUCUUCUAGACACUGGGACACAGACCACAGACCCAGCCAACAGCCUUUAGGUAAACACCACUGAAUCCUCGGAAGCUGCAGUUCUUCUCAGUAUAGUUAUACUCACCAAGGCCUGAAAUCCUCACCAGGGACACUCACCUCCGCCCAUAGUGGGAGAAAUCAUAACCUGUCUGGAGUCCUAGGGCCUGAGGGAUCAUGUAACAUGGGCAUACACACAAGGAAUCAUAAACACAUAUGCUAACCACUUCACAGCAGACAAAAUUGAGGUCCUGAGAGGUGGAGAGGUUUGCUCGAAGGUACCAUGUAUCAUAAACUAGUGUCAAAACCAGGGGUGGCGUCUCCUGUCCUCUUGGCCAGGAAUCUCUCUACAAGAGCCCCUGCACUCCUGAUGGAGGCAGAGUUUUAGAAUAAUGAGGAGGAAGAGGAAGAGAAAAACAUAAUGGAGACUGGUCUUUCACAUGCCCUACUCCCCC